UUAUUCCUUGAUUAUGGUUUUCUCUAUCAAUUAAUCUUUACAAAAAUGGCGGAUAUUGAUCUUGUUGGAAGAAGAUUUGCCAUUGCUGUCUUAGAAAGCAUGCCUCCCAACUACAUUAAGGCAUUGAUUCAAAGCAAGGCCCCUAAAUGGAAGGGUAGACAUUUGCUCCCGGCACAGCACAAAAUUAUUUUAAGGAGAAGGAGCAGUUUACUGCCUCUCUACAGAGAUGUUCAAGCCUGGCCAUCCACUACUCAGUCCCUCACAAAACAACUCAGACACUGGAGAGCUAGAACAAUGGCCCACAUGCAGAGUCAAAGAGAGAUUUCCUUCUCACCUCAGACAAGCUACACUCAGCUACUCGAUAAUUACUCUGAGGAAUAUAAAAAUGGUGAAGAUCAAUACGAAUAUCGCGACGCUGAUUUGGGUGACGACCUUCCCAAUGAUUACCCAGAUGAUCCAGAGGAUAUAGCCUUUUAUGAUGAUCUUGAUUCAGUUGGGUGGGAAAAUCUCGAAAAUCAAAUGGAGGGAUAAUAAGUCAGACAAAGGAACAGGCAUGCCUCACUCCAAAGUGACUGUCAUGAGACAUGUUCCGCAAAAGCCGAUUACUUUUUAUCUUUCCCAAAAGAUAAAGAUGAUCGACUUCAGUUACCUCUGUAAAUAACCUUAAGGUUAGUUAACCAUAGUUAGUUUUAUGUAACUAGGGUUACUUUUACUGCAGUUACUUUGUAACCCAGGUUAGUUUUUCUUUCUUUAAAUAUGCCUUCUUAGAAGUAGAAGUCACGGUUGGAACGAAAGGUAGAAAGAUUAGGAAGUAGAAAAAGAGAGAGUCUGCUCAAAGGUUGUACUCAGCUCAAAUCCUUUGUAAUCUUCACUCUUUCAAGUAUGUAUAAAAUAUAUCUCAUGUUAUUUC